UUGGUGAUAGAGAAGGUCACGGUGGAGGUCUCACAAUGUCGUCUCCAGAAAUUUCCAAGCUGUCUUGGGGCAGUAUGAAGGUUGCGGGUGAAAUGUAUAAGGAUUGCAUAGUCUGGCCUGGAGGCAGCCGGCCAUGGGACUGGAGAGAGACUGGAACAAAUCAUCACCCUGGUGUACAGCCAGCUGACCUAGAGGAAGUAGUGAAAAAAGGUGUGAAGACGCUUGUAAUAGGCCGUGGCAUGGGCGAGGCUUUGCAGGUACCAGCUGCCACUUUGGAAUAUGUCAAAGCGCAAGGGAUUGAUGUUUUGGUGUUCCAGACGGAGAAGGCAGUAAAAGAGUAUAACACUCUGGUUUCACAAGGUGUAAAAGUAGGAGGCGUGUUUCAUUCUACCUGUUAGUUUAAACCCUGGCACAGCAAGGCCUUACUAAGGGCAACCACGUACAUUUAAUAUAUGAA